UAAAAAGAAUUUAGUAAUGAUCCGGUAACAGAUUAGGUAGCAUUAUCGUAGUGUAUCUAACGAAUAUAAGUUGUUAUUAUCGGGAAUCAUGAGUAUAAGCUAUGAUAAAAUUAACAAGAUAUGGACCAGCGAAAGGGAAGAGUCCAUCUACAGUGAAAAGACUUCAUUGGGAGAAAUUGUCUAUCAGCAGCUACAGAAUUUUCCAAAUAAAGUGAUACAGAUCGAUGAUACAAAUAAUACGAAAGUAACUGCUCAAGAGGCUUGGGAGUGGGGCAUACGCAUCGCACAACACCUACGUCAGCUAAAAUUGGAUGAAAACGAUGUCAUUGGCAUUGUGGCUUUAAAUACGACAUAUGUUCUUCCGGCAGCGAUUGGUUGUCUUUUCAAUGGCACUCCAAUACACACGGUCAAUCCUAAAUUGGAUUUGGACACCAUAUCGCACUGCUUGAACAUCACCAAGCCGAAAUUGAUAUUUUGUGAUGGCGGCAACUGCGAAUUGUUACAGAAGGCAUCAAGUUCUUUCAAUCCUAUAUUUUACACGCUAUCUGAACAUAUAAAGGGUAUACCAAAAAUUGUUGACAUGCUGAAAGCAACAACAGGAGAAACAAAAUAUAGGCCAGCUAAGCUUUCCAAGGGAGUCAAGCAAACUGUGGCAAUUCUCUGUUCAUCGGGGACGACGGGAAAACCAAAAGCCGUCUGCAUUUCCUCCUCCCUGUUUCUAUUUUACGAUUGGAUCAACAACAAUGAAAGUGUCCUAUACAUAUCCAGUGGCAUUGAUUGGAUAACUGGCAUCUACUUUCUGUUUAGCAGCUGUAUUCGAGGCUUUACCAGGAUAAUAUUUAACAAAACUUUCGAGACGAGUCAUUUCUUGGAAAUCCUCAAAAAAUAUCAAAUUACCACGGCUUUUCUCUCAUCGCGCUAUGUUGCUGCUUUAGUUCAACACCCGGAUGUAUCGCGGGAAAAUUUAAAACAUUUGAAAUCGAUUACUUUUGGUGGCUCGGCGCUAAGUGAAGUUAAUUCGGAGAAGUUGAUACAACUGUGUUCGGAAAGUGCAAAAAUAAGUUUUUGUUACGGCAGCACAGAAAUGGGUCCAAUUUCACAGAGAUGCGAAAAACGAAAAUUCAAUUCGGUGGGUAAGCUAUUCAACAACCUGCAACUGGCCAUUGUCAGCGAUGAAGGCCAACAUUUGGGACCAAAUGAAAUUGGUGAAAUUAUUGUGAAAAUGCCCUACCCCUGGAAUGGUUAUUAUGGAAAUCCUCAAGAAUCCGCCAAGGCCGUUGAUGACCAUGGUUGGUUCCACAGUGGCGAUGUGGGUUAUGUGGAUGACGACCACGAUUUGUUUAUUGUCGAUCGUAAAAAGGAGAUUUUGAAAUACCGGGGGUUACAGUUCUCAACCAACGAAAUUGAAGGUGUCAUUGCCGAGCUGACAGGUGUUCGUGAUGUUUGUGUUGUGUCGGUUUUUAAUGAAACCGAUGGUGACUUGGCCGGUGCCUUGGUGGUGUUGGCUGAAGGAUCCAAUUUAAAGCAGCAAGAUGUUAUUGAUCAUGUUAAGCAGCGUUUGGUUUCGCCGCACAAGCAUCUUAAUGCAGGCGCAUAUUUUGUGGAUAAAUUGCCUCAGAAUCUGAAUGGAAAAUUGAUAAAGAAAGAAGCUAGUGAAUUAUUGAGGAAGUUGGCUGCGAAAAAUCAUUUGGUUAAAUGAAUUUUAUCUUAAUUUUGGGUUCGGUAUUUUAAUUGUAAAUAAAAUAAAUAGAUCUACGAGAAAAAUUGUUUA